CAAAGUAGUGGUUUAAGGUGAAAAAAUCGUGAAUUGAAUCAAAAAAACAGUAGCACCAACCAUGAGCAGUUAAACUUGUUUUGUAAUCAUUAUUUUUGUUAUAUAACAGGUCUCAGAGUCCACUGAACCUUGUUAUCACAAAGAAAACACAUUGUUCUAAUAAAAAUUUAAAUAUUCGUUUGUGAAAUUCAUUAAAAAAUAAUAAUAAAAUAAUUCGUAAAGUUGUCAGCUCGUAUGUUUGACAUUUCGCGAAAACUGAGUGCAUCGAUUAAAGGGUGAUCUCGUCUUAUCGCCGUUCGAACAAAAAAUUAAUAAAAAAGUAGCUGUGGUAACGUAAUUUUAUGUUUACAAAAUGUGCGGGGGAUUUACGUGUUCAAAAAAUGCAUUAAUUGCAUUAAACGUCUUGUAUAUAGUAGUGGCUUUUAUCCUGAUUGGGGUCGCAGUUUACGGUCGAGCCGCGUCUUUGGUCACAAAUUUGCCCAUUAUCGGAGGAAUUUUGGCAUGUGGGAUCAUUUUAUUUCUAAUUUCCGUUUUGGGGCUCCUAGGGGCCGUCAAACACCACCAAGUGAUGCUAUUUUUCUACAUGGUUAUUUUAUUUUUGCUGUUUCUCAUCCAAUUCUCAGUUGCUUGCGCUUGCUUGGGGGUGAAUAUCGCCCAGCAGGAGCAACUAGCUGAGCAAGGGUGGAGCCGUGUUGAUAACAACACGCGAAUGGAGGUACAAGAAGUGUUCACUUGUUGUGGAUUUGCCGAAUCCAUUGAUAAGACUAUCGCACCGCCAAGUUGUGAAAAUGUUAACGCGAAAUGUUGCCUCAAUCCUAACGAAAAAAAUUGCGUAUGUCCACCGUGUAUGCAAAAAUUGCAAGACACAAUUAAUUACGCCUUUAAAUUGUGUGGGUGGAUUGGACUCUUCUUCAGCUUGACUGAGUUUAUGGGGGUGCUACUAACAGUGCGAUACCGUAAUCAGAAAGACCCCCGAGCUAACCCUAGCGCUUUCCUCUAGUCACUUAACAAGGAUAGCAGGUGUAGUUUUGACGAGAAGAUACCGUAAUUUGACAGAUCCGGACGAAAAGCUAGCCACAGCAAUUUUCCCUCGCCAUAAUUUUACAUAUUGAUCUAGUCACAAUCGUGCAAAUUUUAAUUUAAAUUGAUUUUUAUCUAUGCCAUACCAAAGACAACUCUUUAUCUCUAUAUAUUCCACUUUUUAAUAAAGGCUGCGGUUAUUGUACCAUUUGUGAUUGUUUUGUUUGUAAUUUUUUACUUAGUUACGUAAAUGGUUAUUAUGGACUAGUCUACAUUUUUAUUUCAUUUCCAGUGCGGAAAAGUGGUCAAGAAUGAUUGCCUGAGUUGGGCAAACUUAGUUUGCUAACUCAAACAGUGGUUCUCGACCACUUUGUGCUAUUAUUUUUAAAUGUGGAACCAGUGUUUAAAGGCUGUUAUUAGGAGCUAUAUUUUACUAAGGACGUUUCCUAAUGUGUUUCUAAAUCUAGAACUAAUACAUAAAUAGUAAAAUGUGCUAAUAAACAAAUCUUCUAGUGCUUGAAACGAUUUUCUUACCUAUACCUAGACGUAAUAUUUCCGUUUGUUUGGGUCAGUUGUGUAUUUAUAGGGCAUGUAAUUGAUCGAAUAUUGUAAAUAAUUGACGUGCCUUGCAAUAGUAAAAUGGGCAAAAAAUGAAUUGGAUUUGCUAUAGGAUUGUAGACAUUUUUUAUUUGAUUGUAACACAACUGGCCUGAAAGUCGUAAAUUAUUGUAUUGAUGUACAAAAACUUUUUGUUAUAUUAAGAUAGUGUACGUAUUAAUCAUUGUGUUAGUGAACAAUUGCUCAGUGCAUGAAUUUGCUCAUUUCUUGAACCUUCAACUUCCUAUUUAUUGCAUUUCGUUCUUAUAAGUAUAUCGUUUAUAGCUUUAUCUUGUAGAUGCUAAAAAUACGAAAUAAAUGAUGUGAUCUAAA